UACUUCAGUUUCAAAGGACAAUUAUUCAAACAGAAGUUCUGCACAGCCAUGGGCAGCCCAGUAUCGCCGAUCCUGGCUAACUGCUUUAUGGAGUGGUUAGAACAAAAGGCCAUCGCCACUGCUCCCAUGGACUGUAAACCUAAGCUAUUGAAAAGAUAUGUGGAUGACAUCCUAGAAAUCAUUGAGAGGGGAAAGGUGAAGGCACUGACAGGUCAUCUCAACGGAAUAGACAAAACAAACAGCAUCAAAUUCAGGGACGAACCAGAGAAAAAAUGGCCAGAUCCCGUUUCUGGAUACCCUUAUCAUCACGAGGGAGGACGGAUCCAUCAAACUACUGGUUUACAGGAAAGCCACACACACAGACCAGUACCUGUCGUUUCUAUCGCAUCAUCCGCUUCAGCAUAAACUUGCUGUCAUACGUACGUUAUAUGGAAAGAAGUGA